UCAAUUAUACACAGGCUGUGGGGCUGCACGGAGCUCUCUGCUUCAUCAUGAGUCAAAGCAGAAAGUUAUGAAUUGCUGCGUGCUGAGGAAUGGUACGUUUGCAUUUAAGGAUUUGUCCAGAGAGAAACAAGUGACUGAAGCAGUGGCACCAGGGGAUGAGAGGCUUUGUUCAUUCACUUUGCCUUGAUGACCUGUGUGCUGUGUAACUUCAUCUGCUUCGAGAUUACAGGGCAGGGAUUCUUGAUAACAUUGUGUAUACACAAGAAGUCCUGAGUUAUCAGCAACACCAACUUUACCGAGAGGAAUGACAGCCACUAAAUGAGCUGAAGGAAAAUCUCAGCUGUAAGUACUUUCAUUAAAGACGGUACCACAGGCAAGUAACCUGUGUGAAUUGAUUCUGGGACAUUAUGUCAUCAUAUUACCUCAGCUACGAUCUCUGUGACUAAACACCCUGCUCAGAACUCACCUGAAGGAUAGCAGCCCUCAGUAUUCUUUGUGCUGUUCAGAGUUUAUGGUUAAAUGUUAGGACUGCUGAGAAAUGAAAGUGACUGUUUAAGGCCUCAGCGAACUUCACUGCAGUGUCUCAGAGUGGAGCACCGGGGUUAGACCAUGAGUAUCUCUGGAAUGGUACCUCUGGUUCUGUGGUUGCUGGCGGCAGAACUACUCUUAUCAGAUUCAUUCACACGGAGAGGAGACAGCCUCCAUGUUUGCCCCGGGGUGUGCAUUUGUGCCUCAGAUCUGCUGAGCUGUGUCAGUCGAAGCCUGUCCAUGGUGCCUCCUGGACUACCUGCUACUGCGACUAGCCUGGACCUCAGUCACAACAGCCUGCACCAGCUGCAGGAUAACUGGCUGGCUCAGCUACCCCGCCUGCACACACUCAGAGUCGGCCACAAUCGUAUCCGUCACAUUUCUGCAGAGGCCUUCCACAAUGCCUCCCAGCUCAUGCACUUGGACCUGUCCUCCAACAAGCUGCACUCGGUGGAGGAGCACUUCUUUCAGGAACUGACCAAUCUGCAAGAGCUGUUGCUUUACAACAAUCAGAUAGCACGAGUGGACAGCGGAGCCUUGCUCAGACUCAGCAAUGUGCAGAAGGUAUACCUCAGCUGGAACCUGUUGACUGAUUUCCCAUUCAGCAUCUUGCAGGAGGGCAGCCUGCCUCAACUCAAGAUAAUGGAUAUCUCCUCCAACAGGCUAUCUUCCAUCCCUAUCGACAAGGUGAUCGCAUUGCCUCAGACUAUUAAAAAUGGCCUUUUCUUGCACAACAACCCUUUCAUGUGUGACUGCACUCUGUACAGAAUGUUCCUCCACUGGGAGAAGAGUGGGUUUAAUUCUGUCCAUGACUUCCGAGAGGAACACACCUGCCUGGCCCUCAGAGAGCCCAAGGCCAUGCUGCGCUUUCUGAAGCAUCGCAAGAUGUUUGAGAACUGUACUUCAGCUUAUGGGCUGAUCGGAAUGGUAGAUGCCAGCUUCAAGGGGGUGGCUGGGGAGCCGCUGCUGAUCAGCUGCAACACCAGCUUGCAGGACGAGCAGACAACCUAUUUGUGGAUUUCACCAAACAAGGAGCUCAUCACAUACGCCAACAGUGCCAACGAGACGUUCAAACUCUACUCCAACGGGAGCCUGGAGAUCAGUAAAGCUCAAAAAGAGCAUUCUGGUGUUUAUACAUGUAUGGCGACCAACAAGCGGCUGAUGCGCAAUGAGUCCCAUGAGGUCAAUGUGACUGUGCAUUAUCAAAAGUACGAUGGGGAGGGCUUCAACACCGGACUCACCACACUCCUUGGCUGUGUGGUGAGCCUGGUCUUGGUGCUUAUGUACUUGUACCUGACUCCAUGCCGCUGCUGGUGUAGGCCAACACAAACUCCUUCCCUGCCAAACGAGUGCAGUGCCCAGUCUUCCAUCCUGACCGCCACCCCACCCUGCAAUGACGACACUAGCCGCAAAGUCAGUAGUGGCAAACACGUGGUGUUCCUGGAGCCGGUGAAGGACUGCCAGAAUGGCAAAAUUCGGCUUGCUGUCAGCGAGGAGUUCCCAGCGGUCAAAAACCCCAAAAUCCUGCAGCUGAAGACCGACUCAGACUCCACCAGUUCCAUCUUUUCAGACACUUCGAGUACGCACUAGGUUCAUCAGGUGAAAGGGCAUCCGGUGCUUCAAGUCAGGAAGCUUUUCAAACACUGCAUACAUCUUCCUGAGUAAUCUAUUGUACUUACUGAGAGUUGAUGAUCCAGUGAGAGUAAUGGAGGGAUGUUGUGCUCUCAUAAUCUUUACAUCAAAGACCUGAACGUACUGUUGUCAGUUUACAAGUAACUCUGCUACACAGGCCAUUUAACGGAAAAUCAAUACCCUACAGUGGGAUAGUACAGGUAGCUGCACUGUGCUAAUUAUAGCUCUUUGCACACAUCACAUGUGCUUAGUUUGGAUCUCCCUUUCAUCCCGAUGCCUUGCGUUUGGCAUAGGCAUUUUCCCAGGCAAUCACAGGAGCAGCAAUCGGAAAAGGCAUGGAUGGGUGAGGAUGGGAGUGUGGACCAUGGAUUUUUAAUCUGCCUCUAAACCUGCAAGUGAUUUGAAGAAAAUGCAUACUACUUUAAAAAUAGUGUCCUUGGUACAUAUGUAUAAUAUAGUAUCGAACAAAACACUAUCAGAUGCAUUUCAUGUUCGCCACAAUGAUGUAAUCCUUCAUAGGGCCAGAUUUAUAAUAAAUGAUUGUUAAUUUCUAACCCA